UUGUCAUUAUAGGGGUGCAACAAGUCUUCCUCAGGAGAGAGGCAGUUUGGCAGAAUGGCAAGAGCUUUGGCCCUGGCGCCAUUUAAUCUGGACCUCAAUUUCCCCAUUUCUAAAAUGAGGGGGUGGCCAAAAUGACAGAAGUUUCUUGCAGCUCCAAGUGGAAGUUCCUAUGACCCACCUCCAAUCCCAAGAGGGAUCUCUGUUUUUUUUAUUUUCAUUUUGGGGGGUGGCUUUGGGUGCCCUGAUUCAGCACAGCCCAUAAUGCAACAGGUCUUAGUAAGCAAUAAAGGGGGUACUGAAGCCUUGCUUUAUUUCAUAAUCCCAUUCGUUUUUCUGGAAAGCAUCGGUAGCCUCCAAACAACUGACUCGAUAUUUGCAUCCCAUUCUGAUGACCAAGCGAAAGUUUGGUUUGAAUCCAGACCAGUAUAAAACAUUUCGGUGGCCCUGUCUGACUGGAGCUGUUUCUGAUUUCUGUCCGGGCUGGGGAAAAUCAACCUGGGCCACAAGCAUGUCUAAAAGUGUAGCCAAGAUAACUUUCUACGAUGACAAGAAUUUCCAAGGUCACUACUAUGAGUGUGACAGCGACUGUGUCGACUUCCACACCUAUCUGAGUUGCUGCAACUCCAUCCGAGUGACCAGCGGGGCCUGGGUGGUAUAUGAGAGGCCUAACUUUUCAGGGAACAUGUACGUCUUAACUCAGGGCGAAUACCCUGAUUAUCACCACUGGCGGGGGCUCAAUGAUCGGCUCAGCUCCUGCAAGGUCAUUCAUCUGAUGAGUGGAGGCCAGUAUAAGCUUCAGAUCUUUGAGAGAGGAGACUUCAAUGGCCAGAUGUAUGAGACCACUGAGGACUGCCCUUCCGUCAUGGAACAAUUCCACAUCCGUGAGAUCCAGUCCUGUAAGGUCCUGGAUGGGGUCUGGGUCUUCUACGAGCAGCCCAAUUAUCAUGGCAGGCAGUACUUCUUGGACAAGAAGGAGUACCGGAAGCCCGUGGACUGGGGCUCCCCAUGCACAGCUGUUCAAUCAUUCCGCCGUAUCAUGGAGUGAUGGAAGGCGCUGGUGGGUUUGGAUCUGAGGCUGGUUGCCUUUGGUUUGUUGGGCAAAACCCCAACUGUAAAUAAAGCAAUUCAUAAGCAC